AUGUUGGGAUUCAACGCAUCCUGGUGGGCGCCAGCCAACGCAUCCGGCUGCCCGGGCUGCAGCGCCAACGCUUCGGAGGGCAUGGGCGCCGAAGUGUGGGCCUUGGACGCGUGGCUGGUACCACUCUGCUUCGCCGCGCUCCUGCUGCUGGGCCUGACCGGGAACUCGCUGGUCAUUUACGUCGUCUGCUGCCAAGAACAGAUGCGAACAGUCACCAACUUCUACAUCGCCAACCUGGCGGCUACUGAUUUGACCUUCUUGCUGUGCUGCGUGCCCUUCACUGCCCUGCUCUACCCGCUGCCCGUCUGGGUGCUGGGCGACUUCAUGUGCAAGUUUCUCAAUUAUAUCCAGCAGGUGCGCGGGGAGCAGGACCUGGGCCACGUGUGCCACGUUGACCGCCAUGAGCGUGGACCGCUGGUACGUGACAGCCUUCCCGCUGCGCGCCCUGCACCGCCGCACACCGCGCCUGGCGCUGGCCGUCAGCCUGGCCAUCUAGGCUCGGCAGCCGUGUCGGCGCCUGUGCUGGCCCUGCACCGCCUCUCUCCCGGGCCGCGCACCUACUGCAGCGAGGCCUUCCCGAGCCGCGCGCUGGAGCGCGCCUUCGCGCUCUACAACCUGCUGGCUCUUUAUCUGCUGCCACUGCUCGCCACCUGCACCUGCUACGCGGCCAUGCUGCGGCACCUGGGCCGGGCACACGGGGUCCUGCAGGGGCAGCCGCUGGCCGAGCGCGCGAGCGCCGUGCGGGCCAGGGUCUCCAGGCUGGUGGCGGCCGUGGUCCUGCUCUUCGCGGCCUGCUGGGGUCCCAUCCAGCUCUUCCUGGUGCUGCAGGCGCUGGGCCCCGCGGGCGCCUGGCACCCACGCAGCUACGCCGCGUACGCGCUCAAGAUCUGGGCCCACUGCAUGUCUUACAGCAACUCGGCGCUGAACCCGCUGCUCUACGCCUUCCUGGGCUCGCAUUUCCGCCGGGCCUUCCGCAGAGCGUGCCCCUGUGCGCCCCGCAGGCCCUGCCGCCCUCGCCGGCCCGCGCUCCCGGAGCUCGGGGUGGCACCUGCCCUGGGGGAGCCGCCCGGCCCGCUGUGA